AUGAAAGUCAUCAGCAUCGUUCUCCUGCUUGCCUCAAUAGCUUCUGUCAGAUCGAUCAGCACGCUCAAGUUCAUCCUGUCCCACGGAGUCUGGAUGACCGAUCCGACGGGCAACACUAUGACGCAUUUAGGACUAGCCAGCUUUGAGCUCCUGGUCAACAAUAUCUUCACUCCGUUUGAGCGUGCACUCAGCGUGACCGACGACAAAGGACAAAGAGUUUACACGUGCAAAUACUCUCCGAAGACAGGCAGUGGGCUGGCGGAGGGUCGGAGCGUGACGGUAUUUCAUCAAGUCCUUCCGGGCUUGGUGAUUGAUAUCACAGACGGAAACACCAAUACUGUGGCCGUCUCGUGCACGCCCAGAGCCGCAUAG